UUAACGACGAGAGAUGCCACCAAAUAAACAAAACAUCACCCCAAAAAAAAAGUAGUGAUGGAAAUUUCACUUCCAUGUGCCUUCGCAUCUGCAUCUCCCUUCAAAUCUUUUAUUUAUGCGAAAUUCUAUCCUAUACUUCGUUUCUAGAUCAAGCUCGGCGGGAGAAUUAGUUUUCCCCAGUGAAAAUGGCAGACCCAUCGAUUUCAACAACUGUUCUUGCUCAGGUCUGUCUCUGUUUUGCUUUCUACUUGUGUCUCAACAUGGGUCGUUCUAAAAACUACGACUUGUUGAAGAUUCGUGAUGAAAACCCUCUCGAUUUCUACUUUAUUUCCGUCUGGGGUGGCUUACGAUCUGUAAAAGAAGAGACCCUUCUUCUCAAACAGAUGGAGAAGAUGGCCAAGGUUUCUCAUGCAAAGUUUAUCUUGCACAUCCGUGAACCGGGUGAGAACGAUCGCCUAAUGCAGAAUGGUACGUGGUAUUUCUCAUCGUUAAAAGUUCCCUGGCACAGCAUACGAGCGUCCCGAGGAGUUGAUGGAAAUCACUUUAUUGAGCGAAUCAAGUUACAAUAUGGGCAAACAUUAGACAUCAUUGCCAUAGAUACAGGAUUGUUGCAGGAGCACGUUGCAAUGGGAUCAGCAAGUCAAGCAUUGAACAGUCAUUUACUAUGGCUGAAAAGGACUCUGCAAGCAUCAAGCAGUAACUGGCGUAUAGUUGUUGGGUUUCACCCAUUGGUUACUUGUGAAAACAAUACUCGAUCGCUGGAGACAAAGCAUUUGUUUGAUUCAGUCCAUCGAAUCUUUGUUGAAAAUGGGGUGAAUGCGUACCUUAGUAGACGUGGUUGCAGUUACAAUGUUCGUAUUGGUAGCAUAGCUUACAUUGGGAUUCCUGGUCCUAUUCAGAAAACGCACUUCCAAUCUCGAAAAUCCUCCUUCAGAGAAUUCUUACUUCAGCGUGUCAGCUCACUAGAGACGGUGUUUUACUAUGUAAACACAGAAGGAGAUGUUGUUCAUAAAACUGAACUCCAGCAAAAGGGUAGAGAAGUCAUUUGAAAAAACUACUCAGCUUUAUAAUACCAAGUAAAGAAGUCCUCCCACUCUCUCACCCGAGAAAAUGAAAAAUUGUAGCAAAAGCAUAUAUCCCGACCAAGAGAUUUAGUGUUUUUGAGUUUCAUAAGUUCAAACACAUGUAAUGAAAUUUGAGUUUUGCUUCCCUCCAAAAUUUUGACGUGGGCGUGUAUCUCUUGUUAUUUUCUUGGCACUCCAAAAUUGUACUCUAUUUGAGAAUAUCGAAGCAAUAGAAUGUGUUUGGGUUAA